AUGGGCGGCCGGCAAAUAGUCAGAGAUAGCGAUGACGAAGACGAAGACGAUUUUCCGUCACGAUUCCCACCGUCAUCAAGAAGAGCGUCGCAAGGACAUCCCGAGGCAAAACCAAAUGCACCUAAAGGUCCGAAGAGCACGGCCGUUCGCCGCAGAAAGCUUGGCGCCGUCGAGAACGACAACGCGCUGCUGCUUCCGUGGAGUGUCGACAACGACAACGUCAAGAAAGGCAAAGCCCGCGAGCCGAUAAAGGCUGAGAGAAGACCAAGACAGCAAGUAGAAGUCAGGACGAGAAGAACCAGACGAGUCUCGGAGCUACCUGCAGAUGACGCCGGCGAGAUAUCGACCGAGGAGGCUACAGUACUGGAGGAUAUCGCACUGGGUGGCGACGAAGCCAGCGAUGCCGAAGAGGAGGGCAAGGAUGAUGAAGACGAAGACGAAGACGAAGACGAAGACGAAGACGAAGACGAAGACGAAGACGAAGACGAAGACGAAGACGAUUCUUCCGAGUUUCAUGAAAUAUCAGGGGACGACCUUUUAAGCGACGACUCGGUUGACGAUUUCUUCCCAUCCCCAGCCAAGAAAAAACCCAUUCUACGUCCCCCAAGAGAGCCCAAUGCCCGGAAAAAGAGCAAGGAGCCCACUCCGCCUGCUUUGGAGGAAAAGCAGGUCGCCGAGUCAUUUCUAGAGGAGCCGAGCUCUGUGUUCUUCUCUGCCGACGAGCCAUUCAGUGACGCCCUUGAAAGACCCAUGACCGAGCUCAGCUUAGACAUCCGGUCCAGACCGGCCAAGGAGUUUUCGAAGCCAGCUCGCUCUUCGCAGACCGCCCGAUCGUCAACACCGCCGCCUUCACCCCCACAAACAGAGCUGUCUCGAGGCCUUGUCUCGCCGACAAAGAAGCUUCCGCGCAUCCCCAAGACCCCUCACAGGCCCAGUACGGAUGCUUUUUGGGACCAGCAGCUGACCAACGACUGGAACCAAGAGCACUCGCCGCGUAAGCUCCUAUUCCAGCCCGCUGGCGAGAAGACGGGCACCACCAGUGUCACCACGGCCCCAUCGCCGAAGAAGGCCAGCAGCACCAGCACCGCAGCCCGAGAGAGAGAGGCGAAGAAGACGUUCCAAAAGGCGAAGCACGAGACUGCAGAGAAGUUCCUGGCCGAGCUGGACAGCACCAUCACCAACGGCGAGCUCGGACGGCUUGCAGCCACGACGGGGGGCGUCCGCAUCGUGUGGACCAACAAGCUCAACACGACCGCAGGACGGGCAAACUGGCGACGGGAGACGCUGCGGCCGAGGCAGACAAAAACGGUCGACGGCGAUGCUGGCGCCUGCACCGAUGCCGCAGACUCGACCGCAGCCGUGCGGAUUAUGCACCACGCAUCCAUCGAGCUGGCCGAAAAGGUCAUUGACGACGAAAACCGACUGCUCAACGUGCUCGCACACGAGUUCUGCCACCUGGCCAACUUUAUGGUCAGCGGCGUGACAGGGAAUCCGCACGGGCGAGAGUUCAAGGCCUGGGCAGCCCAGUGCUCGCGGCACUUUGGGGCGCGUGGCAUCCAGGUGACGACCAAGCACACCUACGAGAUCGACUUCCGCUACGUGUGGACGUGCGAGGAGUGCGCCACGCAGUUCAAGCGCCACUCCAAGAGUAUCGACCCGACACGCCAUCGCUGCGGCGCCUGUCGCGGCGAGUUGCGGCAGACGAAGCCGGUGCCACGGGGUGGUGCCAGCAGCAGUCGGGCUGGUGCCGAAAUAAAGACUGGUGCCGGUGGAGGUGCCGUUCCGAAAGGCCCGCCGGCACCGUCUGCAUACCAGUUGUUCAUGAAGGAAAAUAUGGCGGUGUUGCGGCGUGAGAACCCAGGCAGCCCGCAGAAGAUGAUCAUGAAGCUCGUCGCCGAGCGCUGGACUCGUGCAAAGGAGGAGAAGCAGUCUGCUGGCGCAAAAGGUGCCGCAUCAGACAAGACGGCCACGGCCACAGUGACAGGCAAAGACGUUGACGCGGGCGUAACCCGUCUGCACAGCGCCUUUGUAGACCUGACGCUGAAGUAG